AUGACUGCGAUGUGGAUACACUUGUGCGAGAAGCGCUGUGUUUCGAAGUCUCGUAGCUUCAAGAUCGUCCUGUUCGUUGAAGCUUCCGAUGGGGGUAAAUUCGACUUGAUUUCUCCUGGCACUGGAGAGAAAGUCGCUGAGGUCUCUGAAGCAACUGAACAAGACACCAAUGAAGCCGUUGCUGCUGCUAAAGCUGCCUUCCCAGCCUGGUCUGCUCUAACCCCACAGGAAAAGGGAGUCUACUUCAAGAAGCUAGCUGUUCUCAUCUGGGAGUCUCACGAGGAACUCGCGGAGCUUGAGACCUUGUCUAUGGGCCGUCCUGUCUCGGCUUAA